UGUUUAGUAUUCUAUUUUUAUUUUUAUUAACUGUAAAAUUAAAGAAAAAUCGAUAGUAGUUAUGGGAAAGAGAAGGAGAUAUCAAAAGAAGCCUCACUUUUGUUAUUCAGAUACUCCACGGCCAUGCUCCUCCAGAAAGAACAUUUCUUCAGAGAUGAAAUCAGUUAAUGAAGAUAUUGUGAAACCAUAUUCAUCCAACAGUUCGACAACAGGACUUAAUUCUCAUGCUUCACUUGCGCAAGUAUACCAAAAUGGUAUGGGUCGUUCAAUAUUGUUAAGACAUGCAAGACAUCACCCUAUUAAUCACUACUCUCAUCAGGCGUUGAGAAGCAAUGUAGAUUCGAUAAAUUUGCUAAACAACAACACUAUUUCGUUACUCGACGAGAAAUUCUUCUGCAAUUUAGCUAACAGGUGGCAUACUCAUCCUGGAUGUCAACCAAGCACCACUGAUGGUUUUGGAAAUAUUUCUCACAAGACAGGAAGAAUGAAAUUUAGUUCUUCAGUGACCAAUGCAACAACAACAACUGAUGAUAUAAUUAAGGCAUCAUGUGGUAUAUGUCUGAACUUGUUAAAAAAGAAGCCUUACCAAGAUGAAGCAGAAUCAUCUAAUGAACUUUCUGUUGUUGCAAUUUUAGUUUGUGGACAUGUUUAUCAUGGAGACUGUUUGGAUAAGAAAACAUCGGAGGUUGAUAAAUCGGAUCCUCCUUGCCCAAUUUGCUUUGAGUCCAUAACCUUGCCAUCAUAAAAUGACAUUGUAGUAGUAAGAGAAGAUAAUCAAUAGUUGCAAAUAUUUAGUAGUUAAGUCAUGCCAUUGGCAAUACAAGAAAUCCACGAUAUAAGUUGUAAUCUUCGUUGUUGAAUCAAAAGGAGUCAUUUUAUUCAAGUUA